CAUCCUUUUGCAUCUGGAUAUCCAGUCGUCCCAGUACCAUUUGUUGAUACGAGCAUUUUACCCCCGUUGAAUAGUCUUGGCUUCCUAACGAGGUUUGAAUUAAUACAACUGGUACCUCCAGUGUGGGAGGAGUUGGCCUGCUAUGAAGAAAACACACGGGAUUUUCUUUUCCCUGAACCCAAGCUGACACCUUCGCUCCCUGGGAUGUGCAGGGAGGUGCUCAUGAAGACCAUUGCAGGUUUUCCAGGCAUUGCUCCCAAAAUAGAGUUUUCUACAAGGACAGCUAUCAGAGAACGUGUGUUUCUGCAAAGAAACAGAUUUCCUGGAGAAAGAUAUAAUAAGUCAAUAAGGCCUUUAUCGGCAACAGAUGGACCCAAACUCCCCUUAAAUAAUAUGAAGACGAAGCCAAAGGAGAGUAAUCUCAACAGACUGCCCCAAAGCAUGCAAUCUCGCGCGCCCUCCCCCGUUUCCCCCCGGCGCUGCCUUCACGACCAGCCAGCUCAACUGAACCUUGGAAAUAACAUCAGGAUCUCCGGCGAAAACAAACCUCCAUUUGUAGUUAGACACGUGGACAGCGCAAAGCCUUUUGGUGAGAAUAUUUCAGAGUGUCAAUCCCGGAAUUCGAGAAGAAAACUUAAGUUUUCAAACUUGCCUUUUCCAGGGAGAAGAGCUUCUUCUCUUGACAGCCUUGAUGCUAACGUAAAGGUUAUCAAAGAGCCAGAUGAACGGAUUGUUUUAAGGAAAGAAUCGUCAUCACCUUUAGAGUCAAGUAAGUUUGGAAAACCCUCGCCCAGUUACAGUAACCAAGGGGAUGCCGAUUUCCACGGGGAAGCUUCGUUUGCCGCCUCCCAGCUUUCCAGAUCGCCCAGCCCUCUUCUGGAUCAGCCCAUUCUCUGCAAAAGGCUCUACCCUUGCUCUCAGUCCUCGUGGAGGAAGAUCCACGAGAGGGUGUGCAGUCUCCUGACGUCCCACAGAGCCCAGCAACACCAGCACAAGGAAUAUUCUAUCUCUGAAGCAAAGUAUAUCCUUGAAAGACCAAGCUACCCGCUGAAGAAAUACCCAGUGCAUGAACAGAGAUAUUUUUAAGCUGCUGUCUUAUCACGUGUAGGGUGUGAAAUUUCUGAUUUCACAAGGGAACCUGGAAGAUAGCUGGAGGAGCGCCAUGAAGAACUCACUCAUGGAGCCAACGGACACGUCCUUAGAGAACUGAACAACAGUUUUUGUUAUGUGUAUCGAAUCACCAGUGUCUCACCCCUUUCAAAUCAAACCCUGUACUCAGUCUUUUGUGCCCAGGUAAGAGUCAUUGAUUAAAGUGUUUCCCGUGUGGGGCUCAUA